AUGUAUGGAAAACCGAGUAGACAAAUACAUAUAAAUUUUAUAUUGACACGUGUACUACUUUGCUCAAGCUUUGCUAUUCAUUUGGCAUACCAUUAUAACUUCCAAGGGGUAGAACAACAAAAAAAAAUUGGUAACAUUGGGGAUGGAGUAUAUAUAGAGAAACAACUUUCCCAUAGAUUCUACAAACUAGACGUCCAUUGCCUCCAGAUUCCCUCUAAACAAUCAGUGAUGAAGCUUCAUAGUGGUUUUAGUGCUUUUCGGGCAAAUAGUGCUUUUUACAGCUAA